UACGAAUUGAAACGGCCGUACAUGGGUGGGGCGUACAAACGUUCCAUAGGGAUAGAUGAACGUGGAUGUCUCAUUACACUGACUGGCACAAACGGCUAACGGGGGACAUGGAAUGGAAAGCCAAGUCAAUUCGGGGGAUUUUGACGAAAAUGGAAUGUAUUUGUUUUCAUAACCUUUUUCUAUCUCUCUCUCUCUCCUCGUGAUAUCAUGAUGUAUGUCUCCUGGUCUUGUGGUCUAUUGUGCUUUGCUAUAUCUUCUCUUCUCUUCUCUUCUCUUCUCUUCUGCCUGGUGGAGAUUGGUUCUAAAUACACCGGAAAUUCUUUUAAAGACAAAAAAGAAAAAAAAAGAUUUAUACAGGACAUAUACUUUAGCAUGCGUUGUUGUGAAUAGGUUCUUGCAUGAGCAUGAGCAUGAGCCCUUGCGUGCCAUGCAAGUCCAUGCCCUGCCUCAUCCCACCCACAUCCCACCCACACACACACAUACAUUAACCCAGAUCCAGGAUAGCCAGAACGAAGACCUCGCGACGAGCCAUUUUAACCACGAAAGACUAACACUCACUACACUACGCCAAUCACCUUACCUUAGCUUACGCUACCCUACCUCACACUACCUACCCUAUCCGACAGCACUUCCGAUCCCCCCCCCCAACUUUCCUUUCGGGCUGCUCUCCGAUUCAUCACGUCUUUUAUCCCCGAGGUUUUGCCCUUUUGAGUCUUUCUUGGCUAGGACUAAUUAGGUAUGGGGACUGCGCGUUCCUGGGCUGUUGGUUGUUUGGGUUGUUUGGUGGUGGUGCGUGGUUUGGGGAGUGCGGAGGAGGAGGAGGGGAGAGUAGGGAGGGGAGGGGUUAGAGCGCGUUGAAUGGGGUGGUGAGGUGAGGUAGGACGCAGGCAACAUUGGAAAGCAAGCACGCAAGCAGGUAAGUAAGUAGGUAAGUAGGGAAGUAAGUAGGGAAGUAAGCAAGCAAGGCCAUAUUUCUUGCCAAACACAAUCCUACUUUGCUGUGCUGCUCGCUCUUCUCGGCCCCCUACCCC